GUCACCGGCAUAGUGACUAUUGACCAGAGUCCACGAUGUGCGGUGUUUUUCAAGCUGACAUACAAGGACAAACUAUGCAUUUUUAAGUAGAAUAAAUAUUACAUUUAUUUGUAGAUCUGUCCACUGUUAUUCAUAACUUUCGGUUACUCUUAUACCGAGUUUUCCUGUUUUGAGGACAGAGAAGGCUGUUAGCUUAGCCUUUUAGCUAGCUAACAUUAGCAACAGGCCAAAUCGUGUGGAUUUCAGCUAGCUGAACCAGCUCAACUCAAAAUGAAGUGUCAUUACGAGGUGUUGGGUGUCAAAAGGGACGCGACUGAUGAUGAUAUGAAGAAGGUAUAUCGGAAAUUAGCCCUGAGAUGGCAUCCAGAUAAGAACUUGGACAAUGCAGAUGAGGCAGCUGAGCAGUUCAAACUGAUCCAGGCAGCCUAUGAAGUCCUGAGCGACCCACAGGAGAGAGCCUGGUAUGAUAACCACAGAGAAGCUCUCCUGAAAGGUGGGGUCAGCGGGGAGUAUGCUGAUGAAAGUGUUGACCUUGUUCAGUUCUUCACUGUCACCUGUUACUCUGGUUACGGGGAUGAAGAGGAGGGUUUCUACACAGUGUACAGGAACCUGUUUGAGUCCAUAACUACAGAAGAGAUGGAUCACAGUAAAGAGGAGGACGAGGAGGAAGAUGAGUUUCCUUCGUUUGGAGACUCUCAGAGUGACUAUGACACGGUUCACCUCUUCUACGCCUACUGGCAGAGCUUCUGCACCCGGAAGAAGUUUGCUUGGAAGGAGGACUAUGACACGAGGCAGGCUUCCAACCGCUGGGAGAAGAGGGCCAUGGAGAAGGAGAACAAGAAGGUUCGAGACAAGGCCAGGAAGGAGCGCAGCGAGCUAGUGCGUCAACUGGUGGCGUUUGUGCGUAAGCGCGACAAGAGGGUGCAGGCCCACAAGAAGCUGGUGGAGGAGCAGAACGCUGAGAAGGCCAAGAAAGUGGAGGAGCUACGACGCAAACAGAAGCUGUCACAGGCCAAACUGGCGGAGGAUUACAAGGAGCAGAGCUGGGUUGCCAUGUCUGAGAUGGAGAAGGAGCUGCAGCAGAUGGAGGCUCAGUACGGAAAGGAGUUUGGAGAUGUGUCAGAGAGCGAGGAGGAGGACCAGGGAAGAGGGGAUGAACAGAAAGAUGAGACCGAGGAACUCCUGGAUGACUAUUAUGAUGACCUGUACUGCCCUGCAUGUGACAAAUCCUUCAAAUCAGACAAGGCAAUGAAGAAUCAUGAGAAAUCAAAGAAACAUAGAGAGAUGGUGGUAUUACUACGGCAACAACUGGAAGAAGAGGAUGAGACCCUCGGUCUGAAGGAUGAGGAUGGGGAAGAGGAGGAGGAUGAAGAACUAGAAGAAGCACCAAGACAAAAGCUGUCUAAAAAGCAGAAGAAGAAAAAGAGACAACAGCAAAAUGGGCGGAGCCCCACAGAGGAGGUAGUAGGGAAGGAUGUGGCCCCAGAGCCCACCACCCCCACAGAGGAGGUAGUAGGGAAGGAUGUGGCCCCAGAGCCCCCCACCACCCCCACAGACAAUAGCCCAGAGAGCCCUCUAUCAACACAGACCAGCGGUGAGGCAGAGGACCCCCAGCCAGCCUCAGAGCCCCAGCAGGCAGCUGCGGACAAACCCUCUGAGGACCCAACAGGAGACGGACAGCAGGAAGAAGACCUCACAGCCACAGAACCAAAGAGCUCUGGAAAGACUAAGGGGAAGAAGAUUGGAGGAAAGGACAGCAAAAAGAAUGUCCAACCACAGGGAGGAGUGGAGAAAGGAGGAGCAGAGGAGCUGAACCUGCGCUGUGUGACCUGUCACUAUGAGUUCUCUACCAGGAACAAACUGUUUGACCACCUGAAGACAACAGGACACGCUACAGCCGUGUCACACGGUGGCAGUGCACCCGCCACGGUCAAGAGCAAGAAGGAGAAGAGGAAGAAUAGAUGAUGGGGGAUACAAGAGGGGCCAAAGACUAACACCAGCCACUGGGCUGUAGAGAUGGACUACUGUCUUACUAUAUAUUAUAGGAGGCCACUCAUGGUAUUGAAGGCCUGGAUUUGUUUGUUUUUUAAUGUUAAAGAUUGUCUGAAAAGGAGUUGAAGACUGUCUGAUUGCUGUUUUUAGGUAUUUGCAUGUUAGAAAACAAUCAAUACGUCCAGUCAUGGAGGACUGGACGUUGCCUGGUGAUCCUGCGUAGCCAACUCUUAUGGUCGUUGUCAUGCCAAAUGACCAUAGCAGUUGGCUUUGCAGCACAAACAGAUCUGAGACCCCUCCGGGCUAGACUGGACAAAGGAGUUGUAGAGUGUUUUUGUCUGGCCUGUCUGGAGGUCUGUCUCAGGGUUUCCCCCUAGAGAUAAUGUAAGGAAGUGAGCCAAGUCCAACUAUCUACUCCACCCUUCCAAUAUGACCAUGUUAGAGGUGCUGCCACUGUACCUGCUGCAGAAUUCAGCAUUGUGUCCACGUCCAUUUUGUGUCCACGUCCAUUUUGUGUCCACGUCCAUUUUGUGUCGACUGAUCCUUUGACGUUUUGGUCAGAGACAUAAAGCAACUGGACGUUAUUCCUGUUUUGAACGGAUAUUGUGAUGCUGCUGCUCACUCAACUCUAUAUUUAUUCAAAUAACAAUCUGACUCCACUCCGCAGCUUCCACUUUCUUAUAUAAAAGAAGAUACUGCAUAAACACUGACACGUUUCAUUGAAUUUGCCUGUAAAGAACAAGGUCCUCACACUGUUAAAGCUCUCAAUUCAACGCUUUAUUGACAACGGAUCUUUGUCGGGUUAUUUACCUUCUGUGACGAAGACAUGUUUUAGAUAGAAACAGUCAAAGUGGUGUAUUGGGAGCUUUAGUGUGUGGGCCUUGUUCUUAAUUAACCCGGAGCCUAAGUUUAAGGAUGUGCAUAUAAAUUAACUUUUCAUUGAAUUUUCCGCCUUGUCUGAUGAAUAAAUGGUUUGUGUUUAUGGCUCA